AUGCGCCUGCGCAAUAGCAGGCUGUCGGUUAAGCACAGACCCACCCCCCCAGAGGACGAAAGAAUAGAACUGCCCAAGGAGAUGGCCAAGGUUUUCAAAGCCGCAGAUAACCGUGGCGGGCGGAUCCGAUCCCUGUUCAUAGACCCUGUACUUCAGGGGAGUUCCCGUUCCCACAUGGGAACCACGCCCAACAGAGGGGCGGAGUUUCCUUCGAGCCGUAACGCCCAGGAGCAUGGCAAGACCACGGAUCUGCCGAAGGACGAGGCCAAGGAGGGCACUGGAUUCUGGCUGCUGAACAUGCUGAGAAGAACUCUUAGAGGGUCUGAAAGUAAAGAACUAGAAGUAACACCUGAGGCACCAAAUUUGGUGCCAUUUGGGGACGUGGUUGGCUGCCUGGCUGUUCGUAUAAAGAAUUGCAGACAUUUUACGCCUAAGAUCAGUUGGCAGCAUUACAAUAAUUUGUUCAUUCGCAUCUCUAUAAACAAUAUUGUGAAAUGUACAAAAAUUCGUAGCUUGCUAUUACAAAACAAACUAUAUAGCUAUAAUGAAAAGAACGCUAUAAUUAAGUUUGAUGAAGUGAAGUAUUUUUCUGUACAGGUUCCCAGACGUCAAGAUGAUGAGCGGAAUAAUAUUUACUUGGAACUAAUGCAAAAUGUCAAUAAAGAGAAAUAUCCUCUCUUGUUAGGAAGUGUUCAGGUACACCUUUAUGAAGUAAUUCAGAAAAGGUGCUUUACUGAAGAAUUUCAAAUGUUGAAUAAAAACACAUUUAUCUGCAGGAUGGAGGUAGAAUUUAUGUUCUCCUAUGGAAACUUUGGUUAUGGAUAUUCACAUCAGUUAAAACCUCUUCAGAAAAUUAUUGAGCCAUCCAUGUUUAUGAAUAUUGCACCACCUCCAGAAAGAACAGACCCUGAGACAAAUGUUAUUAUACCACAGCCAAUAGAAUAUCCAGCAUUCUUAUCCCCAGACCUGAAUGUUACCCAACCCAACCAGCCUUCUGUAGUGCGGCUCGAAAAGCUUCAACAACAACCUCGGGAAAGGCUAGAAAAAAUGAAAAAAGAGUAUAGAGAUCUGAGUACAUGGAGAGAAAAAGCUACAUAUUUAGAAGGAGUUCUUAACCCAAAAUUGGAACAUAGUCGACCUAAGGAAAGUAAUACCAAUGAGAUACUUGAAAGCAAAUUUGAAGAGGGUUCUGAAGACAUUUUAACAUCAGAUGUCUCUUUUAUAAAGGAGGAAGCCAAAACUAUUCCAAGUGAGUUACUGCAUAAUGAUGAUAUGAAAGACCUGAGCCUACCAACUUCGAACCAGUCAAAUCAAGAUAAUUUAAUUGAUGUUGCUCCUAAAAGUGAUGAAUCAACAAAACAAACAGAUACUCUAUUACACAUUAUUCCUAGCCUGACCAUAACAGAAGAAAACAAAAUACUACCUUUAGAGGAAUACUCAUCAGAAGACAUGAUGGACAGAAAAAUGAAAAAUGUACUCUUUCAACCAGGAGUAAAAUUAAAAGAUAAAUAUACAGGCAUUUUGAAAAACUCAUCUUCAUCAGAGGUGGCUUUUUCAGAAAAAGAACACAUCGUACCAUCUUUAAGAUCAGAAUAUAUAGAUUUCCAACCAAAAUAUCAGUUCUUGAACUCCAACAUCAAGGAUGGUUUUGAUCCUUUUCUAAGGAAUUUAAACAACAAAAUGUCAGUCGGAAAAAGGAAGGACCAAGAUAUGUGCAAAUGUAGAGACAUUUUAAGUGCAGACAUUGUAGAGCUUGAAGACCAAGACCCUCCUCACCCAACACAUUCAAAAAGCACAGGCCCUAUUAAGGAAAUCUGGCCGCAUGGUUUUGAUAGUGCCACAAUGAAGACUGUAGACACUAAGAAAAAGUUAAUCCAUGAUCCUGCUAUCAUCACAAUAAAGACUUUAAGUACUAAGGAUAAGUUAAAGGAAAGACUACCAAAUGUAUCUUUGCCAAACUUUGAAGGAGUAUCAUCACUGACUGAAAAUGUAAAUGUACAUGCAUGUCGCCUCUCAAAAUCAUUAAGUUUUACUUCCCACAUAGAAAACUUAAAACAAUCAAUGGUACUCAAGUCAAUUUUAAGUAAAAAUCUGCAAGACCUUUCAGAUAAAUUAUUUUCUCAAACAGAAGUUUCUGUGGACACUGAAGCAAGAAAGAAAAGUCAUAGUUCUCCGCUUCUAAGUGUUCGUGAUAACCCAUUAAGUAAUUUGGAAGACGACAUGUCUGACAAAGUCCAAGGUUUAAGUAACUGGUUUACAAAAGGAGACAUUUUAAAUUCAGAGUCUUUUAUAAGUCCAGUAAUCAAAGAUAUUUCUAUAGAUUCACUUUCAGAAAGUGGAUCAGGAAAUUCUCCAGAAGUAGAAAGGGAACUUGUCUCCAAAAAAUACUUAGAGGCUAGUGAGAUAGCUUUUUCAAUUAAAAAAAAAAGUAGUUUCAAAAAGAAACAUUUAGAAAGUGAAGUUUCUAGCUCCAAAUUACGUGAUUUUGUUAUAAAACAAAUAUUCACUGUGCCAGCGUUCUCCAAGCUGAAGAUAGGAGUGGAAGAAUCGAGGGAGACACAGAUGAACUCGCAGGAUCAAUUCCCCGCAGCUUGGGAGAGUUUAUCUUCAGAUAUUCUAGUUCACAGUGGAGAAAACGAUGGUGAAAUAGAAUCACCAGAGAACAAAUCUGUUAUAAGCCAAAUAAUAGAAGCAUUUCCUGUAGAUACUCUUUUAGAAUCUGGGAUAAUCAAAGUGAUAGAAUUAAAUAAAGAACACCAGAAGAGUUCUUUGCUGCAUACAGAGACAGCCUUUGCUGAAGAAAAGCCAAAGGACUCCACAGAGGAUUAUUUAGAAAUCAAAAGCAAAACAGAUCCUCUUUCAAAGCAGAUUAUACCCACCAUUCCCAAAGAAACCACUUCUUUUUUUAACAGAGUUGAAUUUAUAGACAAUGGCCAAAAUAUAUCCCCAGAAAAUUCAAAGUCUCAGUCAACACCAGAUAAAAACACAGAUUUGCCAAGUAAUGGUCAGAGGCUGGAUAGAGAAGAAAAUGAUAUAAGUCCUACCUUAGAAAAUUUAAGUAACUUAUUAAUGGAUAAAUAUAAUGAGUCAGAUGUAAUAAUGUUAAAAUCUUUUUUGAAAAACAUAUUUAAUGUUUUUUUAAAAUAUAAUCAGGCUGAAAGGGGACAACCAGAAAAAGAAUUAGAAAGACUGAUUCAACAUCCUUUUCCAAAUAAUACAAAAGACCCUGAAGAAACCAAAGAGAAUUUUGAUAAAGCGGAUAAAUUAGGGGGAAAACCUAGUUUGAGUCCAAAGCUACGUAUAUUUCUAGAAGAACUCUCAGAGUCAGAAAUAGAAAAUUUUAAAUCUGAAUUAAGUAAACACAUCCAGCAUUACCUUGUAGAAAGACUUUCAGAAUCAGGACUUGUCACCAGAGAGGACCUAACAAAAAUCUGUCAAAAUCUGUAUUUGAUGAAUGAGGAAGCAGAACCAAAAGGGCAAAAUGUUUUUCUGGAGAAAUAUUCAGAAACUGUAAAAGAAACCAUGUCUUGUGUAAAUAACUUUAAUCAUCAUUUCAUAGAUAAACAUUUGGAAAUAAAGCUAAGAUCUUUUUUAAAUGAAAUUCUCCAAAACUAUUUCCUAAAAAACCUUUCAGAAAGCAGUUUUUCUAAAGAGACAGAAUCUGAACCUAUACACUCAAACAUAUCUUCUCUAAGAACUGAAAGUGCUUCAGUAUCUUUUCAAGAGUUAGGACAAAGUAUUUCAAGGGGGAGUUUUGGUAGAAGGCUUGAAGUAAACAUGAAGUACCCUUUAAAUAAAUUUCUGCAAAGCUAUCUCACAGCUUUAUCAGAAAAUGAACUAUUAAAUCUAAAAGGUGAUUUAAGCAAAUACCUUCAGAGACUUUUUACAGAAAAACUUUCACAAUCAGGACUAAUCACUGAAAAGCAAUUAGAGGGAAUCAGCCACCAUAUAAAUUUGAAUAUUUCUAGUUCCACACCAUUAAAAUAUAUAAAGCCAGAUUUAUCUUUUAGAGAUGAAAAUCCAUUUAUGGAUGAGCAUUCAGAAAAGCAAAAUAAAUAUUCAAAAAUUGUUCAUAAAACCACUUUACCAAAAGUUCCUGAGAAAAGCCUUGUAGAAACAGAACUGACCAGAAAGGAAGAAAAGGAAUAUUUUUUCUUACAAAAUAUUCAAGAAAAUCCAUCAAUAAUUAGAGAACAGAAAAAAUAUCAUCUUAAAGAAGGAGCUAAAACUCUGACUUUAAUUAAAGUACAAACUUCUUCCAACAAAAAUACCCAGGCAAUUCCAUUAAAGAAGUCAUCAGAAAGACUUACGGAUAUAGUGUUUCAGAAAGUAAAGAAAGAACAUGGUUUCAUGCAGCUUCCUCAAGUGGAAAAUUUUGAUUUUAAAACAGAGAUUCAGGACCCACAUAAUUUAAGUGGUAAAUCAAAAAUAACUCAAUCAAAUGUCUGCUUUGAAAGGACACUAAAAAUGAUGCCCCUUGAAAAAAAGCAUAACAUCUAUAAAUUGAUGGUACAGGAAAAACCUGAAGUGCUUUCACCACAUCCAAGAAUUCCUUUUUGCAAAAUGCCAAAUGAAGAUGAAGAAUACGUAAAUAAAUUCACUUUUUCUUCCAGGCAGAAUAAUAGUUUAACUCAUUUCAAUUCAGAGGCUGGUGAAAACUCAAAAUUAGACCAGUAUUGUCAGAGAUUGAAAGGAUAUAAUAAUAACAAUAAAAAACAUUUAAUAACAUUUUCGCAUUAUGAAAAAGAAAUACAAGCUCUUUAUAUAAAACCAAGUGAAAUUUACAAUGAAAAAUGUGCCACGGUCCUUGCAUCACAAUUGUUUAAAGUUGUGGAAGCUCAGAAAAAAUCAAAACCAUUCCUCUUCCCAGAAGUAUUAAAGAAAGAAUAUCUAAAGCCCAAGGUCCAAAAAGAAAGAAACCAUGUCAGCAAACAAAAAAAGUCAUUUAACAAGAUAGUUAAGAUACUACCAACUGCACCACCCACCACAAGGAUUCUAAAGAAAUCUGUUCCAAGGACAUUGCUUCAUUGGACUGCAAGAAGAACUGUACAUGAUUGUUUGGAUAAAUCUGAGGAUUUACGUGGGACCUCGUUUCAGCAUCUUGAAAAAGCAAAAUCAAGAGCAAGGCUUUCAGGAAAGAGCUCAGAUGACAACCAUUAUCGGUUAAAACACACUGCAAGACCAUACACUGCUCCAGAGGUUAGCAAACGACGAGAAAGCUACUCUGGAAAACGUACAAAUCCUCGGAUGGUUUCAGCAGGUUUAGUUCAUUUAAACGUAACAGUUCCAGAUUAUGAAAUCCAAAAAAUGCGGCCCCCUCCAAAAUUAAAAUGUUGAAAAUGUUCACUCAUUUGUGCUAUCCAAUUGUUAAACAGUUCAGAAUGAUAUGCGAGGCCAACAGUCGGAACAUUUCUCCAAUUAACAAAAUGGUUUGGUGAUGUGUCCUUUUGUAUGAUGGAAGUCAGCAGCCAAAUUUCAUCUUGUUAGAACCAUUUUGUUUUAAUUAAAAUGAAAAGAAACAGCUUUUGAUGUAAAAGU